UUCUUCUUCUUCCGUCUGCCCAUUUGUUGUGAGCCGCGUAUAAAUCUCUCUCAGGAGGAGUGUCAAUCGGUGCGGUGUCAAUCAGAGUUUCGGCUUCCCUUUCAUCUCUCCUUCCUCCCAAUGACUGAAGAGAGGAGGAGGAGGAGGGAGCACAGCUACAUUACCAACACACAUACACACACUGGUUAUAUUACACUGUGGAAGCAGUGUGGGAGCAGUGGGAAGUCGGUCCACACGAGCGAGGUUUUUUUCCCCUCCUCUCUACCUUCUUUUCUGAUUGUUUUAUGACUUUUUGCUUUUAUCCCUCCUGCGUCGAGGAUGUAUUUUGAAGCAUGAAAGCGGCGUACUGCGUUGCUUGUUGUCUUGUCUAGGUGUUACAACUGUGUUUUGUUCCAGUUGCACAUCCAUCAGUUUACUUUUUCACCCCCAGACGGUGUUUUGGUUUUGUUAGCCUACUUUUUUUUGUUUUUUGUUCCCCCUACUUUCAAGGACGACGCAGCUUCUUCACUGGACCACGGAGGAAAUAUUAUUUCUCACUUUUAGAAAUGCACUUUUUUUAACGUUUUUUUUUACUGGACCAUAUCCGUCGUCGGUUUUGUGUGUGUGGACUGAAACACUAGUGAUGCUAUUUUAACUCGUGGUUUGUCUUCCUUUUUUACCCCCCCCUCAUGACAUUGAGGCGCGCACUGGAGAGCCUUUUACAUCUCAAGUUUAGCAUAUCAAGUUAUUCUGGGUCUGAGCUUUCAGCCCUUUUUAAGUUCAAACAGUCGUGCUGAAAAAGAAAAGGACGCCGACACGAGCCCCCGCUCCUCCUGUUGCGUCGGUAGAAACACACCGGCAGCGUGUUCGCACGCCGCUUCCAGUGACUCGACGCUCCGGUCAAAGAGGGAGACGUUUGCUCACUCGGGUUUCGGGGGGAUUUUAGUGGGAGUUUUUCUCCCCCACUGUAGUUUCGGACAGUGCUGGCGCGCGCGCGCGCGAGCGUGUGUGUGUGUGUGUGUGUGUGUUGUCUUUGGUUUUUCUCAGUGAAACAAACAGAGUAAAAACAAAUACAAAAAAAAGAAAAUGCCACAGUUAUCAGGCGGCGGUGGAGACCCGGAGCUGUGCGCUACGGACGAAAUGAUCGCGUUCAAAGACGAAGGAGACCCGCACAAGGAGCAGAUCUUCGCCGAGCUCAGCCACUCGGAGGAGGAGGGAGACCUGGCGGACAUCAAGUCAUCUCUGGUCAACGAGUCGGAGAGCAGCCCCAACAACAACAUCCACCACGCAGCUAGACAGUCCCAAAUACCGCAAGAUUCAUAUCAUGAAAAACACAGAGACCAUUUGGAGGAUGGAAAACUCCACGACCUGUACAGUAAAGGGCAUCCGUACCAGGGCUACCCGGGCUACAUCAUGAUGGGCAACAUGAACGACUCCUACAUGAACAAUGGCUCCCUCUCGCCGCCCAUGCCCAGAACGUCCAACAAAGUCCCCGUGGUGCAGCCGUCCCAUGCAGUCCACCCACUCACCCCGCUGAUCACGUACAGUGACGAGCACUUCGCCCCGGGUCCUCACCCCCAGGACCUCAACAACAAACAAGGAAUGCAGAGGCAUCACCCCGGACCAGACAUGACCAACUUCUACUCCCUGUCUCCCGGAGGAGUCGGGCAGCUCACGCCACCGCUGGGAUGGUUCUCACACCACAUGGUGCCCGGCCCCCAAGGUCCCCACGCCACAGGGAUCCCCCACCCGGCCAUCGUCAACCCACAGGUCAAACACGAGCCUCUGCAUGAAACAGACAUCAUGCACAUGAAGCCCCAGCACGAACAGAGAAAGGAGCAGGAGCCCAAAAGACCGCACAUCAAGAAGCCGCUAAACGCCUUCAUGCUCUACAUGAAAGAAAUGCGUGCGAACGUGGUCGCCGAGUGCACGCUGAAGGAGAGCGCUGCCAUCAACCAGAUCCUGGGACGAAGGUGGCAUGCUUUAUCUCGGGAAGAGCAAGCUAAGUAUUAUGAGCUAGCCCGCAAGGAACGGCAGCUCCACAUGCAGCUCUACCCAGGCUGGUCCGCUCGAGAUAAUUAUGGAAAGAAGAAGAAGCGGAAGAGGGAGAAGAUGCAGGAAUCCGCCCCAGGUACAGGCCAGAGAAUGAAAACGGCGUACAUCUGAGAAUAUGGUAAGACAAACCCUCUAUCCCCUCCCUGUCUGAUCACUUCAAUACAUGUCAAGGCUAAACACUGACUUGAGAACAGGUACUCACAGACUAAUCCUGAAAAGGUCCACCCUAACCUCGCCAUAGUCAUUGUGUCAGUGGUGUUAAGGCCUGAGGAGGGAUUGUGCUUUUUGCUCAAUGGCCUCAGCACAAUGCCCAUUGGAUUCUCUCUCUGUGUUUGUGUGUGUGCAUGUGUGUGUGUGUGUGUGUGUGUUGAACGGGUCAAUCCAAUGUUGUUGUGUCGACCACUGGUUGGAUUAAAAGGUCAGAUGUUGUGUCAGCAUUUUGUGGCUUAAAAAACAUCCAAAUCAAAAAAGGUUUGAAAGCUAUCGCUUAAUAAAUCUGACAGCUCACCCACUCCGUGUUUUCUAAACAUGGACCAAAUAAUACAUCUGAAAACACUUUUACUAGCCCAGAGCAGACGUCAGCGCUCAGUCCCAUAUGGACUACAUGUGUUGUCUCGCUCUGCAUCUUUGUGAGGCAGAGCAGGAUUCUGGCAGGACCUUAAUGAGAUGCUAUACCUUAAUACGAUUUCAUGGUAUCUGGGGUUUCAGGGUGUACAUAAUGCCUUCAUAACAAAGGCACUCCGUAGUCGCUUUUUUUUUUUUUUCACAUGUGAAUGAUAUGCUGGGAUAUAUUGAUUCAGAUGACAUGUCAAACCCGCAUGUCACCUUUCCUUUUUUUUUUUGGGUUGAAAGCAGGAUUAACGUUCUCAAUAUGUGGCAAAGGCAACUCUAUUUUCAGUCUUCCUUACUCUCUCUGGAUCUCUCUCUCCCCCCCUCGAGCCUGGUAGCAUCCUGUUGUUCCGCUCCCUCUCGCUUGCAGAAAAAAAGCCGGGCAGAUGUGACAAAUCUGGUCUUACGUUGAAAUCAUCCCGACCAGACAAAGGUUUUCCACUUGAUCGAUUCCUGACCCGGUGGCUCUCUCUGAACCCAAAAUUGGGCCGCUUUUCUUUUCCCUUUUUUUUUUUUUUUUUCUCUCGCCACAGUCGUUUCUCAAAGCUCAGAGAGAGCGGGCUCUAAAAAGCACUUUAUCUCUGAUCCAAUAAUUAGCAGCGCCUAGCCGCAGCGGGAUGGACACCCUUGCUGAUUCUCAGUGACAGCCUUAAACUAAUAUGCAUAAUACCGAGGAUACCGCCACAACUCCCCAAGCCCUCAAUUUAUGCAGAUCCCAAAGAGCUGGAUUGAGGUUAGCUCGCUGUAGACGGCAAAAAACAUCUUUAAAUGAACUCGUUUGUCUAUUUCUUUUCAUCUGCCCUCGCCUCUACCCGGCCUGUCUCUUCGCCACAUGAAAAAUCUGAGCGGAAAUUUGUUAAUGAGUCAAUUUUGGAGACACAACUUCCAACACCUUCUUGCUUGAUAUACAGUGAACAUUUACUGUGUUUUAUUUGUAUAUAUAGUGCUGGUACCGUCACAAUGAAGAUUAUUCAGCACAGUGAAAAUGCUCCCGUCCAGGUAGACUUUAUGAAGGGAAAAGUCACUUAAUACGACUUCAUAUCAACAUAUUUGAUGGCUUCUGCUUAGUUUUUCUGCCCGUGAGGCAAACCAGGAGCUGAGCAGUCGAGCAGUGUUUCAUGGCCUGACGUUGGUUCUCUUUGUUAUCGUUAGCAUGUCAAACGCUGGGCCCGCCACACAGCUGGCUCUCACCACAGUGGAACAAGCACUCCGAGAAGUCAUUACUCUGACAAUGUGAAAUUAGGGUUUCCGUCACUUCCCAUCAUCACCCCACGGCCCAGCCCCCCCCCCCUUUUUCUUCCACUGACUGUUUCACUCCACUCCUCACUGUUUCUGCACACGUCUUUAUUUAGUUCCUCUGCCUCUUGCUUCCUCUCACGCUGUUCGCCUUUUGUCUGACUAAGCCCGCUGAUUCACCGCCUUUUGAGAUAGUUAUCUGGCCCGAGACGCGGACAUGCCCUCGAGGCUUUCUCCCACUUCAGCCACCGCACAUUUCUUUCACAGGGGGGAGACACUUUUAACAAAGGUGGCCUUUUAAUCUCGCAAGUUGAGGGCCGUGGAGUUGCCAACACUUGCGAACUGUCCUAAAACUGCAUUUGAGUCAUCUUGCUCGGACUCUUAUGAAGGUGCUCUUUUGUUGUCAAACAAAAUGGAUGUCUCUACAAGCCGAUGUGCCCAAAUACUUGUGCAAGAGGCUGCGUUUUAGUCACAUGAUCCAGGAUAUCUUUUUAAAAAUGAUGCUUUACAAUUUGUACAGUCUGGUAAGUAAAGCGAGGGUCAUUUCUACCCUCAUACCUCAUGUCCUGGUCCAGAGACAUGAAAGCAAAUGGGGAGCUUUGGUGGUCUCCCCCUCUCUCUCUCUCUCUCUCUCUCUGUCUCUCUCUCUCUCUCUCUCUCUCUCUCUCUCUCACUCUCUCUCUCUCUCUGUCUCUCUGUCUCUCUCUCUCUCAGUCGUGCCCUGGCUCUGCUCCCUCUGAUGUGUGCAGCCAGAAGUCAGCUGUCAGAAGACUUUGAUGAGCGACGAGGGAAGAAGAGGAGAGAGGAGGGUAUGAGCAUCUAAGGGAAAAAGGGAGCGUAAGAAAAGGACCAAAAGAAAAUCCCUCAUUCUCUCGAGUUCUCAGUUUACCCAAUCUCUCUCAACUGCCACUCAUCCUUCAGUCUCCAUCUCCCAUUUCUUUCCCCUUUUCUCUCUCUUUAUUUGUCAUCUUUCAUCUUCUCUCUCUCUCUCUCUCUCUCUCUCUGAGACCCUCAUCACUCGCUGCACAUUUAUCUCUCUCUCUCUCUCUCUCGCACAUCUGAGCAGCCAGCCACACUCUCCGCCUGCAAUUAGGCAAGAUCCAGCGUCUGCCUCGAUUUCCCGAGUCGUUUCAAUUUGGCACCGAGCCUGUAGGCCACUGCGGCACAGCCCAGUGCCUCCACACCCCGCCUUAUUAGUGACCUGGGAUAAUUGGGGAAGGAAUCCGGAUUGCAAAACAGACUCUGGGUCUCGCUUUGAGCAGGGCACAGGAGAUGAGAGGAUGUUUUUAAAACUGUACUUUUUCACACACAUUAAAAAAAAAAAUAUGAGUGGGAGGUGGAGGAGAGAGAGAUUUAGGCUUGAAACAAUCAGAGCACCCCCCCCCCCCCCCCAGCUAAUGUUUAUGUGGGUAGGAAAUACUCACCCCAACAGUCCUCCCGUUCUCUCACUCCCCCUGACCUCCACAAAGCCUGUUCUGUGAAGAAAAAUGACCCUCUCAGCAUUUAGUAUAUGGACUUCCAGAGGGCGGCAGGACGUCAAACUCCAUGUAAUUCAAGUGUGUGGUUUUAGCUUAGAAGUACAAAUCUUUUACACUGACAUGGUUGUCCUAUCCUGGCCUGGCAACCUGAUGUGACACUUCGGGGGGGGGGGGGGGGUAUAGCCCUCUUAAAGGUCUUUGUUUACACGUGAGAAACGCAGCUCCAGUGCUCCCAUUGUUUAGACUGGGGCUCCACAUUUGUUUUGAUUGAGUCACGGGCCUAUUGUGUUGUGGUUUGGUCAGCUGCAGUAACAGUAUGAGGGUGCAGUCUCUUGGUUUUUUGUGAUGUCUUCUCCACUUCCUCUCUCCGUCUGUACCUCUUUAACCCCCCCUCACCCCCGUGGCUCCUAGAGGCACUGCAUCGUUUUUUGAAAGAGGUGGAGAUAUGUGACCUUAUAAGAUGCCCCCCUUGUGAAAUGCUUAUCUCUGAAUUAAAGGCCCCCACGUAACACAGACAGGAAACAGACUGUGGAACUGAAGGAAGCCCUGUUUAUUUAUUUAUUUUUGCUCUACUCAUUCUAGCCAUUGUUAAAGGAGGCUAAACCUCUUUCUUCUUCUUUUUACUCAUUUUCUGCCUCUUCUCUUCCCUCUUUCUUUGCUCCUCCUCUUCCUGCACCUCUCCUCUGUCCUGACGGUGAAUAUGAGUGGCGGUGGAGGCCUUUGAAGCCAGACCACAGCAGAGGCAGCAGUAAUUGUAGCCCCCCCCACACACACACACACACACACACACACACAUCCCCUUCUCCCGACAUCCCCCGGCCUGCAGCGGCUCAGACUGAGCUGUUCAAGGGCACACAGCCAGACUUCGGCUGCCCGGGCCCCCAGCGAUGCCGCCUCAGAUGUGGGCAACGCCCCCCUCCUUCCUCCUCCCACACCCUCCUGUACUCCCAUAGUCUCACCCACGCAUGCCUGAGGUUUGGGGUUUUGGUGACUCCCCCCUCCCCGUUCCCCUUUUGACCACAAGCA